UGCCUGAUAUGGUAACCUGCAGUUACUACCGCGUUUUCUUGUCGAACUAUUUUAAUCGUGACACUGAGACCGGAAAAAUAAUUGACAACAGACGUAAUAAACAAACGAAGGCUGAAGCUGAUCAAAGCCCGAAGAUUAAAAGGGAUCAUCAAUGUCUGAUUCUCAAGAACCUGAUAGCAGAUUGGAUGCCAGUGGCCUUAACCCUGAGGACUCUGAUUCAGACGAGGAGUACAGUGAAGGAGCAGUUGGAGACCCCCAGAUGGAUUUUCUGAAAAAUUUCUUCUCUCGCACUCUGGGUCUUGGAGGCGAGAGUCAACAGAAAAGUUUGGAGGAGCUCAGUCUGAAUGGAGUGGUUAAGUAUAUCCAGAGUGAAAGAUGUAAAAAUAUAAUCUGCAUGGUUGGGGCUGGCAUAUCUACCUCUGCUGGGAUCCCAGAUUUUCGUUCUCCUGGCACUGGACUGUAUGAUAACCUUCAGAAGUAUGAUCUGCCCUACCCAGAGGCAAUAUUUGACAUUGGAUACUUUAAGGAACACCCAGAGCCAUUCUUUGCCUUGGCCAGAGAGCUGUAUCCUGGGCAGUUCAAGCCUACAAUCUGCCAUUACUUCAUCCGACUGUUGAAGGAUAAAGGUUUACUAAAGCGCUGUUACACACAGAAUAUCGAUACUUUGGAGCGUGUUGCAGGGUUAUCUGUUGAAGACCUGAUUGAAGCUCAUGGCACCUUCUACACUUCACAUUGCGUCUCUACCUCCUGCAGACAACAGUACCAACUUCCCUGGAUGAAAGAAAAAAUAUUCUCUGAGGAGAUUCCAAAGUGUGAAAAAUGCAAUAGCUUGGUGAAGCCAGACAUUGUUUUUUUUGGAGAGAACCUUCCAGCGCGUUUCUUUUCAUCUGUGCAGUCAGAUUUCCCUGCCUGUGACCUGUUGCUCAUCAUGGGCACAUCUCUUAAAGUUCAGCCCUUUGCCUCAUUGAUUAGCAAAGUUCCCAGCAGUACACCUCGACUCCUGAUUAAUAAGGAAAAGGCAGGCAAGUCUGAUCCCCUAAUGAGCAUGCUUGGCCUGGGUAGUGGCAUGGACUUCGAUUCUGAAAAGGCAUACCGGGAUGUAGCGUACCUGGGGACCUGCGAUGAUGGCUGCAGAAAACUUGCAGAAUUGCUUGGAUGGAAGGAGGAGCUAGAGGAGAUGGUCAAGCAUGAAUAUGCCAAAAUUGACAGUAGUUCUGCCACAGGAGCUGCAUCCAGUCAGCAGAGACAACCAAAAGGCAAAACUGAAGCAAAAGCAGACACCACCAAAACCAAGGAAAAAUAACCUGGCUAUUGCUGAAUAGCUCAGAGGUAAACUGAGUAUGUGGUGGUUGAUUUUAUUUGAUGAUUCCACAUCUCUGCCCUCAAUUUUAAUGCCAUUUUCUACCAGUUCUUCUUAAAAGCAGUCAUCCCAAGUGAUCAGACUGUUUUAUGUCUUCUCUGACAUUUGGACCGAAUUGCCUUUAGAAACUUGAUGACAGCCUCUAUUGGUAGGCCAUUGCCAAUGCAUGUUUAUAAAGGGUGGGAAUGUAAGUGGUACUAACUUGUUUUUAUGGAUGGAGAUUUACAUCUACUUAGCCCAAAUGGGUCUCAACGUUUUUGCAGAGUAUCUUCUAGCUGAUCUUCAGCUACCGUGUGGAUGUGUACUAAUUUAAACUGGAAAGAUGCAAGCUGGAUCUGUGCCUUCCUUAUUUCAUUGGUGUCUUUGCUAACUUAACCUCUGAAAAGGCCAUGAUGGAAGGCAGAUAUUUGGACAUGUACAGUAUUUCCCAAGCAGGAGCUGAAGACUACGAGAUAUAAAGAAUAACACUAUCCUAGAUAUGCAGAGACUAACUAAUUCAUGGUAAAAAUUAAAGCUUCAGUAUUGGAAAACUGCUUUUUCAUAGCCAUCUUUAUUUUGACAAAAUUACAAUUCUAAAAUACACAUUAAAUACAAAAUUCCAUAAAUAUCAACUUGAUGGUUAAAGAAAAGAAGAGGAAAAUCUUUCAGUUCCUAAUAGAAUAAGAUUUGAGACACUGGAGGCAGCUGUUAACACGGCCAGCUGUCAAGUUAAAUUGUGUAAAAUAAAAUAAAGAAGGUUACCCCUCCUGCCUUAAGCCAGUAGGCCUGUUAUCAUCUGACUGCUCUUUUCUUUCUAUUUAAUGGUUCUUUUGCCAUUUUCUGUGCCAAAUAAACAUCUUUAGUACUGUUA